GCAUCCCUCCGCAGCGCUCUCACACACACACAUGCACACAGUGUGUUGACUGGGAAGGGGAUAGUCCAGGGGAAACUAGGGAUUACAUUGUCUACCUGCUUGUGGAGGAAUUAUUCCCCCUCUCUGGAAUAACCAUUAAAGAGAUCUUGCAACAACACCUCAAAAGGGAAGCCACAGAAGUCCUGACAGAAAUUCUUACCCAUCAUCAAAACCCAGUGACAUCAUCAUUAUCAUCACCUGACCUGCCGCAGAUUUUUCCAGCUCCUGGCAUCAACAACUAACUUGUCAGUAACAUCAGCACCGAGAGCGUGUUUUUUUUCUUCACAUCGUCAGCAGAGAUCAUGAGCAGCACCUACAACGCCACGCUGUUAGGACCCGCCCCCUGGGGCUUCAGGCUGCAGGGGGGGAAGGACUUCAACAUGCCCCUCACCAUCUCCAGGCUGACAGAUGCUGGGAAGGCGGUCAAAGGCGGCAUAGCUGUUGGAGACUUGGUCCUUUCUAUUGACGGCAUCGCCACCGAGGGCAUGAACCACCUGGAGGCCCAGAACAAGAUCAAGAGCUGCACUGGCAACCUCAGCCUCACCCUGCAGAAGGCUGCCAGUGUUCCCAAACCUCCUCCAGUGGCACCAAAGGACAUCAGAUCAGACAUCAUAAAACCAGUCGCCCUCACCCAUCCACCACCACCGCUCCAUCCUCACCCUCACUCCUUCAGCCCCUCCAACCGCACCUCCGUCCCCUACAGCAAAGCCCCCAGACCUUUCGGGGUCUGCGGAACAGACAGCGAAUACCCACCUUCCCAGCCCCCGUUUGCUCCCUUCAUCCCGUCUCCGUCCUCCGCCUUCACACCUGCCUCCUCCCACGGCAGCCCUCCUUUUCCUCCGCCUCCGCCUCCUGUCUCAUACCCAUCGUCUCCCUCCUCCUCCUCCUCCUCCCCCCCUGCCCUCACCCCGCCCCAGCCGUCGGUGUAUAACACGCCGAUCAACCUGUACUCCAACGAGAACGCAUGUGAGGUGGCCAUGGGGCAGAGGCGGGGCCUAUUGGAGAGUCAGGGCCUAUUGGAGAGUCAGGGCGGAGCCUUGCCUUUGCAGUUUAAUGGUGGACCUCACAGUAUUUUGAAAAAGCCACCACCGCCAAGAGUUCCCAGGAAACAUGUGGUGGAAACAGACAUCCACUUCUACCACGUCCCCACUCACGCUGAUGCCAGCAGGAAGCGCAUAAUGGAGGACACGGAGGACUGGCGCCCUCGCAGCGGCACCACCCAGUCCAGAUCCUUCAGGAUCCUGGCUCAGAUCACCGGCACAGAGAACGCUCAAGAAGAAGAAGCCGAGGCAGCCAAGACAAAUGAAGAUGCAGAAGAGCCUGAACUCAACAGCCACGAGACUGCCGUUGUCAAGACCAUGAUCAAAGGACCAGCUGCAAAACACGGUUACGGUCCACACACUGGUUUGAUCACACCGUCUUUCGGUAUGAAGGGUAAUAAUGGAAGUGCCAACGUCCCGAGGGGUCCUGUCCCCACCCGACCUCUACCCCAGCCCCACCCUGAGGACACCCUGGUUCAGAUGGCAGAGCACAUACCUGCUGGAACUCGAACGCCCAUGUGUGCUCGCUGCAACAUGGUGAUCAGAGGCCCGUUUUUAGUAGCGAUGGGGAAAUCUUGGCAUAAGGAGGAAUUUAACUGUGCCCACUGCCGUACCUCCCUGGCAGAUACAGGCUUUGUGGAGGAACAGGGCUCAGUCUAUUGUGAACACUGCUAUGAAGAGUUCUUCGCUCCAUCGUGCAGCCGCUGCCAGGAAAAGAUACUCGGGGAGGUGAUAAACGCCCUCAAACAGUCGUGGCACGUCUACUGCUUCCUGUGCGCUUCCUGUCAACAGCCCAUCAGAAACAACACCUUCCACCUGGAGGACGGAGAACCUUUCUGUGAACAAGACUUCUACAGCCUGUAUGGGACCAGCUGCCAUGGCUGUGAAUUCCCUAUCGAGGCUGGAGACAAGUUCUUGGACGCCCUCGGUUACACCUGGCAUGACACCUGCUUCGUCUGCGCUGUGUGCUGCACCACUCUGGAGGGCCAGACCUUCUUCUCCAAGAGAGACAAACCUCUUUGCAAGAAACACGCUCACACACUGAAGAUAUGAAGACUUCUCUCUCAUCCUGUGGUCGUACAUUUAGUUUUUUGGUGUACAAAGGCCGAUAUAUAGAUGUUAAAUCCACACAACAUGGACAUACAGAUAGAGGUCAUGAUAAGGGAAACAUAGCCAUGGAUGCAAAAAGUUCAUAUACACGUUUAAGGACCCUGAUCCACUGCAGAAAUCAUAAUGUAUUUUCUUUCAUGAGAAGAGUUCUAUAUUUGAUUUGAUUAGAUUCGAUUUUAGAUCAUGCAACAAGAAAAACAGGAGUUCUUCUGAAUGGGGCAAUUUUGAUGUACUACCAAGGCAGAAAUCUAAUAAUAUAUUUGCUUUUUUGAUCUAAUUAUUCUUUUUUUUAACCAGAAUUGAAUCUUGUCCUUGGAAAAUCAUCAAACCACACAACACAUUAGAGCAGUGGUUCUCAACUCGUCCAGCCUCAGGACUCAACAGCAAAACCUCCGGGAGGAAACCGACCCAAAUUUCAGAAAUGUUUAAACCGAUACAA